AUGGCUUCUACAGCUGCGGAGAUUGAACCUCACAAGGUUUAUGACACUAUUCUUACUCUGGAUUUUGGAUCCCAAUACACUCAUCUUAUUACCAGACGUUUGCGCGAACUCAAUGUCUACUCUGAAAUGCUUCCAUGUACCCAAAAGCUUGCAGAUCUCGAAUGGAAGCCAAAAGGUAUCAUUUUGUCCGGAGGACCAUACUCAGUUUAUGAAGAGGGUGCACCACACGUUGACCCCGCAUUCUUCGAACUUGGAGUUCCUAUUCUCGGUAUAUGCUAUGGAAUGCAAGAGAUUGCUUAUAGAAUUAGCAAAGACAACGUCAUUGCUGGCACAGCCCGCGAAUUUGGACAUGCUGAUUUGAAAGCGAAGAAAAUUGAUAAUGGACGUGUCGACCAAUUAUUCGCAGGAUUAGAGGACGAUGUUAAAGUCUGGAUGAGUCAUGGUGAUAAGUUGGGUGCAUUGCCAGAUGGAUUUCAUACUAUUGCUACAACUGCAAACUCUGAAUACGCAGCAAUUGCACACGAGAGUCAACAUAUCUAUGGUCUCCAAUUCCACCCCGAAGUUACCCACACCGAAAAUGGAAUUCAACUCCUCAAGAACUUCGCCGUCGGUAUCUGCGGAGCUCGAACAAACUGGACUAUGGCAAAAUUCGUGGAUCAAGAGAUCGCUAGAAUCCGUACAUUGGUUGGAGAGAAGGGUCAAGUUUUGGGUGCUGUCAGUGGAGGUGUUGAUUCAACUGUCGCUGCGAAAUUAAUGCACGAGGCUAUUGGAGACCGAUUCCAUGCCGUUCUCGUCAACAACGGUGUUAUGAGAUUGAAUGAGUGCGAACAAGUACGAAAGACAUUGACAGAAAAUCUCGGCAUCAAUUUGAUUGUCGCAGAUGCCUCUGAAGAUUUCCUCGAUGGCCUCGCCGGACUUGAUGAGCCAGAAGCAAAGAGAAAAUUCAUUGGAGGAAAAUUCAUUGAUAUUUUCGAAGCCGAAGCCAAAAAGAUUGAAGACGCAGCAGCCAACUCCGACAAAGCAGGCAAGAUUGAGUUCUUCUUGCAAGGAACAUUAUACCCAGAUGUUAUUGAAAGUAUUUCAUUCAAGGGCCCUUCCGCGACUAUCAAAACUCAUCACAACGUUGGUGGUCUUCCAAAACGCAUGACAGAGGGUCAAGGACUCAAACUUAUCGAACCCUUGAGAGAAUUGUUCAAGGACGAAGUUAGACAACUGGGAAGAGAGUUGGGCAUUGCCCAUGAACUCGUUAUGCGCCAUCCUUUUCCAGGUCCAGGUAUUGCCAUUCGUGUCUUGGGAGAAGUUACUCGUGAACGUGUCGAAAUGGCCAGAAAGGCCGACCAUAUCUUUAUCUCUAUGAUCAGAGAGGCAGGCCUCUAUGACAACAUUGGACAAGCUUUUGCAGCUGUUGAUCCAAGCAGAGCUGUUGGUGUUAUGGGUGACAAGAGAAUGUAUGGAAAUAUCAUUAUCCUGAGAGCAGUUCAAACAACCGAUUUCAUGACUGCCAUCGCGUAUCCUUUCGAGAAUGCAUUCUUGUCCCGGGUUUCUACAAGAAUUAUCAACGAAGUUCACGGUGUUUGCAGAGUCGUGUAUGAUUACACUAGCAAGCCUCCUGGAACUAUCGAGUUGGAAUAA